UUUAGUAGAAUUCUCCGCAACGAUUUGCCGUCGUCUACACGUGAAAAAAAUUGCUGUUUUUCCCUGAUCUUUAAGCACCAUUGAUUUGUUGGCAGUACAGUUUGAUAGAAAUUUAUUAAUGCAAAAGGAUGCCUAUUUCAGAUCAGCAAUCAGAAGUCAUUUUUGAGGAAGAUGAUCUCCCCUAUGAAGAAGAGAUUUUGCGGAACCCGUACGCAGUCAAGUGCUGGUUGCGCUACGUCGAGCACAGAUCAACGGGAGCCCAAGGCCCUCUCAGUCUGAUCUAUGAGAGAGCGCUGAAGGAACUUCCUGGCAGUUACAAACUCUGGUACAACUACUUGAAGGUCAGACGGAAGCAUGUCAAAGGUCGCUGCAUCAUUGACCCUGGUUACGAGGACGUCAACAACGUCUUCGAAAGAGCUCUAGUGUUCAUGCACAAGAUGCCUCGUAUCUGGCUGGACUAUUGCCAGUUCCUGCUGGACCAGCGCAAGAUCUCGCGUGUUCGUCGGACGUUUGACCGAGCGUUGAGGGCGCUCCCGAUCACCCAGCAUCAUCGGAUCUGGCCCGUCUACCUCAAGUUUGUCCGGAUGUACCCGUUGCACGAAACGGCCGUCAGGGUGUACAGACGAUAUCUCAAACUCUUUCCUGAAAAUGCAGAGCAGUACAUUGAGUACCUGGUAUCCAUCGACAGACUGGAUGAGGCUGCAGUCAGAAUGGCCGAUAUCGUCAACAAUGCAAAGUUUGUCUCAAAAGUUGGCAAGUCGAACCACCAGUUAUGGCAUGACCUGUGUAACCUCAUCUGCAAGAACCCUACCAAGGUGACGUCGUUGAAGGUGGAUCCCAUCAUCCGUGGCGGCAUCAAACGCUUCACCGAUGAACGAGGCAAACUCUGGUGCUCAUUGGCCGACUACUACAUCAGGAGCGGCCAUUUUGAAAAGGCCAGGGAUAUCUAUGAGGAAGCCAUUCAAACAGUGACAACCGUCAGAGAUUUCACCCAGGUCUUUGAUGCCUAUGCCCAGUUUGAGGAGAGCAUGAUUAGUGCCAAGAUGGAGACCACCGCAGAGAUGGGUCACAACGAAGAAGAUGACACCGACCUUGAGUUGCGACUGGAGCGAUACGAGGAUCUGAUGGACAGGCGCCCUCUAUUGUUGAACAGUGUCCUACUCCGGCAGAAUCCGCACAAUGUCCACGAGUGGCACAAACGGGUCAACCUCUACGAAGGCAAACCGAAAGAGAUAAUCAACACGUACACAGAAGCAGUUCAGACCGUCGACCCCAACAUGGCCACCGGCAAGCUGUACACACUCUGGGUAGAGUUUGCCAAAUACUAUGAGAAACAUGGACAGAUACCUGAGGCUCGUCUGAUUUUUGAAAAGGGCACAAAAGUCUUGUACGUCAAAGUGGAUGACUUGGGAGCCGUCUGGUGUGAAUGGGCAGAAAUGGAGCUCAGGCAUGAAAAUUUCGACGAAGCUCUGGUUCUUCUGAGGCGGGCCACUGCCACACCGAAGAACAAAGCUGCAUACUAUGAUAAGAGUGAGCCUGUUCAAAACCGGUUGUACAAGAACCUGAAGGUCUGGUCGAUGUACGCUGAUCUGGAAGAGAGUUUUGGAACCUUUAAGAGUACAAAGGCCGUCUACGACCGAAUGAUCGACCUGAGAAUAGCAACGCCGCAAAUCAUCAUCAACUACGGCAUGUUCCUAGAUGAACACAACUACUAUGAGGAGGCUUUCAAGGCCUACGAGAAGGGCAUUGCGCUGUUCAAGUGGCCGAAUGUCUACGACAUCUGGAAUACCUACCUGACGAAGUUCAUCGAGAGAUACGGUGGCAAAAAACUCGAGAGAGCGAGGGAUCUGUUUGAGCAGUGCUUGGAUGGCUGCCCCAAGAAAUUCGCUAAAGCUAUUAUCCUGUUGUACGCCAAGAUGGAGGAGAAUUAUGGCCUAGCGAGGCACGCCAUGGCGGUGUACGAGAGGGGAACGGAAGGGGUUCUACCGGAGGAACAAAAUGAGAUGUUCAACAUUUACAUCAAGCGAGCCGCCGAGGUGUAUGGUGUGACCCACACUCGAUCUAUCUAUGAGAAGGCUAUUGAGGUGUUACCGGAGGACCAAUCUAGGGACAUGUGUCUACGCUUCGCCGACCUCGAGAGGAAGCUAGGAGAGAUUGACCGCGCCCGGGCCAUCUAUGCUCACUGCGCACAGAUAUGUGAUCCUAGGACCACCGCCACUUUCUGGCAGACGUGGAAAGAAUUUGAGAUCAAGCACGGGAACGAAGACACGGUGCGGGAGAUGCUGAGAAUCAAACGCAGUGUGCAGGCAACCUACAACACACAGGUCAAUUUUAUGUCAGCCCAAAUGCUAGCAGCUGCCAAGACACCCGCUGGAACAGUUUCUGAUCUAGGCUCAGGCGGUAUGGACGACAUGAAGCUACUGGAGCAGAGAGCUCAAGUUAUGGCGGCUGAAGCUGAGGCCGAUAAACCCAAGACGAAGAAGGAUAUUCUCUUUGUGAGGGGGAGUGCUAAGGCUAGCGAUGCUGAGUUGGCCGAGGCAGUGAGGACGGCUAAUCCAGAGGAGAUCAACAUUGAUGACGAUGAGGAUGAAGAUAGCGGGGAAGAUGUUGAUGAGGUGCAAGUGGAGACCCAGGCCGUCCCAACGGAAGUUUUUGGCAACAUACAAAAGGACUGAAAGCAUGGUCUAUAGAGUUUUCAACGUUUGUCAGUUUGUACUUAUGAUACUGUCUGCCACAAAAAGAAACUUUAUUUGGAGUACAAAGUUUCGUAACUUGGGUCAAUCUUUCCACAGCACAUUGUUAGAUUCAACUAGCAAAACUUCUUACUUUAAAAUGUACAAAGUGCAUCGGAAUAGGGUUUCAAAUACACGACACAAUUCCGAGUAGAAAUUACGAUGUUGAAAAUCAUGAUAUUAAGGUAAAUAACUUGACGUUAAAAUACUUUUUGUUGCAACUUUGUCCGGACAGACAUUUCUUCAUUUAUUUUGUCCCAGCAGGCAAAAUAUUUUAGUUUUUACAAAAGUGAUGUCUGUGGCAACAGAAUCACUGGCACAUAGCAUCCUCACAAAAUAAACUUUUGUAUUUGACAUUUUCAGUUGUUGCUUGUUUUUGUUGUGUACUAUCAAAAUUUUCGUUGUUUUUGUUCUAUUUCCUGAAAAUGAAAUGAGGGUGAACCUAUAUUUUUUACGUUUCUAGUCCAAAAUUGAUCUUCCGAAUCUGAAUACAUUUGUAAUUGGUGCAGGAAUACAGUACCCAAAUAAGCCACUUAUAUAAAUCAGUCUUAAUAUACAUUAUGCUGUCUUGUGUACAAGUUAUUUGGUUAACUACAAAUAAAUAACAUUGAUUAUA